UCUCCUUGCAUUUCAGUCUCCGCCAAAAAGCUUUAUAAACAACCAACUUCGCUCUUUCAGCUCUCAACUCCAACUUUCACUCUAACACACACACACAAGUCCACUUUACACAAUGCACUCUGCCGCCAUCAUCGCGUCUUUCCUCGCUUCCCUCGCCCUCUCCAACGCCAUCAGCGUGGAGUCUCCUACCAAGGACACUGUCUGGGAGUCUGGGACCAGCUCUCAGACUGUUGAGUGGGAAGCUGUCGACACUGAUCCCACCAGCUUUGAGAUCCAGUUGGUCAACCAGGCCGGCUACCUUACCAACUCUCCUGUCACCCUCGUCGCCAACCAAUCCACCGGCGACACUGGUACAACCAACUCUGCGACCGUCACCUACCCAGAUGGCGCUUGGCCCACCGGUGUUGCCUUCCAGAUCAACUUGGUCUCUACUGACGCGAAAAACUCUGGUAUCCUCGCCCAGUCUGAACAGUUCAACAUUACCUCCGACGGCGACUCUUCUUCCUCUGCUUCUUCAAGCUCUUCCUCUUCCGCUUCCUCUUCUAGCUCUGCUGCUUCCAGCGCGAGCUCUAGCAGCACCUCUGCCACCGUGGUUGCCACCACCGCCGCCUCCAGCGCCAGUGCUGCCACCAGUGCUGCCUCCUCUGGCUCUUCUGUUUCUGCUUCUGCUUCUGGAUCCAACUCUACUCUCCCCAACACUUCUUCCGGCGCUUCUCUCACUGCUUCUGCGGGUGUCGCCUCUGUCGUCCUCGCCGUCGCUGGUGUCCUCGCCCUUGCCUAAACAUCUCAUGACCCUUCCAUAGAUUUUAAGAUUCUUUUGUUCAGUUAUGACCGCAGCCCCUGAGUAAUCUUGUGUGAAAUCUCGCAAGUGAUAGAUCUUUAAUCACUUGUAUGGACAAUCUGUUAUUUUUACUUCGGUGUUCGCUCCUUACUUGAUGUUAUAUAUGAUGAAUGAAUAAAUCGUCUAGUUAUUACCAUAU